UAUGUCCAAAGCACGUUCUUCUAAACAUUCGUGAUGAGUGCAAAAGUCUUAUGAGUUUCUCAGCUUCUCCUAAGAGCAGUGUGCAAACAGGUCCCCCAUUUAUUAAUUUUCACCCGAUCUAUCUCUGACACAGUCCAAGAACGCACUAACAAAUCGACAUGCCUUUCAAGCCACCAGAGCAAGCCAAAUGCCCCAAAUGUGGGAAGGCUGUCUACGCGGCCGAAGAGAAAGUAGCCGGGGGUCACAAGUUCCACAAAGGCUGCUUCAAAUGCAACAUGUGCAACAAGUUUUUGGAGAGCACCAAUGUAAGUGAGCAUGAAAGUGAGCUGUACUGUAAACAAUGCCACGGCAGAAAGUUUGGACCCAAAGGCUAUGGUUUCGGUGGUGGUGCUGGUGCAUUGGGCAUGGACAAAGGAGAGAGAUUUGGAAACAAGGCCUGUGAAAUGGAUAACAAACCAAGUGGUGAUUCCUUCACUGGCUCAUCAGGCGGAGGUGACUCUGGUACCGGCCCCAAGUGCCCAAGGUGUGGUAAGACUGUGUACGAUGCAGAGAGAGCCAUUGGAUCUACUGUACCAUGGCACAAGACUUGCUUCAACUGCAAGAGUUGCAAAAAGUCAGUUGACUCUAGCACUAUGGCUUUCCAUGAGCAGGAAGUCUAUUGUAAAACAUGCUAUGGCAAGAACUUUGGACCUAAAGGAUUUGGAUUCGGACAAGGUGCUGGCACUUUGUCAAUGGGUUAAACUCAAAGAUUUUUGUCUCUUGCAUUUAAGAACGCUUGGAGAAAAUGUUCUCUUGUGACGCAAGUUUUUGUUGUGAAUGUCUGAAGCACGUCACAUUUUUUCAUUUCGCGGUUUCCUCAUGCAUACAUUAGAUACAGUAAAAGCUUUUUUUAAAAAUAAUGAUCAGAAAUUUAUCAAAAUGCUUGUACAUUUAUUUAUUGCUUCUAAGCAUGCAUGAUGUCCAUUUCUACUUCUGCUGUGAAAAGGGAGAAAACUAUUUGUAUACAUCUUCCAUUUUAUACACUUUAUAAAACAAAAUAAUUUUGACCUCUGCAGCUUUGGUUUUUUUUUGUGCCAAUUUUUAAAACUGCUUUUGCUUACCACUGAGCUGUGAUAUUUUUUUUUUGUUGUAAAUAAUUAGAAAUUUAUUUUUAUACUUAGGAAAUCUAAAAUUGGCAUGUUUUUUUUUUAAACUCACUGGCAAUCCCUGAUACUACUAGACAUGUAUAAUCUAUAGCUUUGUGAUGUAGGCCUGUACCUAGUGAGAUUGACCAUAUCAUUUAUGUUUUCAAGACUAAAUGUAGUCUAAAUGCAUAAUUGUUUAAUUUAAUGGAUAUCAUAAUUUUCAUUUAAAUUGAUUGUGAGCAAAACUUGUUCUCCAUGUAGUCCUCAACCCUUAGACUAGUGAUGCCUAUACUACAGCCUGCAGGCUAUAUCAGGCCCUUAAAACCUCUUCCCAUAAUAUAAGCUGUAGAGGAUUGGUUUCAUAGGAAUGGCUGAUUUUUUUGUGGUCAAGCGGCCUGCUAAAUUUAGACAUCCCCGGCCAAAAAUGGGUUAGCAUCACUGCAAUCUAUCAUUAUGUUUUAUAGCAUUUCAUAUUGACUUAUUAUUUCAAAUAACAAAGUCCUUUAGAUCAGCACAAAGCACAGGAAAUGCCAAAAAUGGCUUGUGCUUUAAGUUGAAACUAACCCACAGAGAGGACUAAUAUGCACAGUACAGUGUUUAAAAUGCAUGUUUUGUACCAACCCUCUAGAUUUGUUAGCCAAUUCCCAAUGUUUGUAAAUAAAUUUUGCUUUUUUUUUUGUAAUAAAACUUGUGGCCACAAAGA